GUUUGUUGCCUCCAAAAGCCAUUCACAGACAACAGCAGACCCUGGGCACACCUCUUCUUCGCUUCAAGAAGGCUCCGCAGCCUUAUUGCUCACUUGAUUGCUAAGAGAGACGUGGGCCUUCGAGAUCGCGUGCAGCAGGUCCAAUCCUCUUCGUCGGCACGUUGAUGCCUCCUGGAUUUGGAGCAUCUCCGUAGCUUCCGGGCGUCGCUGGAAGAUGAGCGCCACGGAUGGAGGCAAGGAAGGAUCGGUGAAUGAGCAGCAGCUGCUCGGUUCGUGCUCAUUAAGGGCUGACCCUAGCGAUGCACAAUGCCCAACUGAAUCUGCAGGUUACAUUCCUUCGCGCAAUCGCCAGGCGUCGACCAUUCUGCCACCUGCGGCCUUCUUUGCUCCCAAAAGGCCUUCUCAGCAGCCACGGUCGCCUGGGCUACCGCCCACUCCCUUGUCGGCAAACAGCUUCGCUACGGCUGGAAGCUCUUCGUACCGCGGCCCGCUUAACCCAGGUGAUCUGAGCUCCUACCAGAAAUCUCCCCUUCAGGCGCAACAAACGCAGCGGCCACAGUCGCCUUGGUCUCCUGGGCAAGCGAGGGUGUCAACAAUAGCCUUGGGUUCGAAUAGCAUCUAUGACGUGGCGCCAGAGGCGGCUCAAGAUGAUGGAACAGUGGAGCAGUCGCCUGUGACCCCAUCAAAUGGGCACCUGAGGGGUCGGCAAGGAGGUGUGGCCUUCAAGACUUCCCGCGAACCGCUCUUAGACAUGGAAGACCCAGAUGCUUUGACGGAAGUGGGUACUCCAAGCGCCUUUGAAGCUCCUAUGGACGCGCAAACAGAAGCGGAUGGAAUGGCAGCCUUGCAGCUUGCUGGGAUCGACGGCAGACUGAGUUGCAACCUCCAAACAGGCUCAGGCGAUGGAGAAGACGGCGAUGGUGACGAUGACGACCUCGAGCAUCAGCCGCUUGGGAACAGGCAAAAUCAGGACCCGCUGAUGGAUGUCAUCGAGCACGCACAGGGAUCCCGAAUGCGAUCCGCCGAUCAAAGCUUCGAGCCGAGGACGGGCAAGGCGGAGCGCAUGCUAGGAGGAAUCAGGAUCUCUUCAAGCCCGAGCUUCUCUGAUGCGCAACAAAAUCCUUCCAAACGGCGGAGUGUCAAUAUGACACGUGCAAGCGUCUCAAAUAUAGAGAAAGGCUUGAAUGGUGGCUCUGCUGUGGAUGGAGGCAGUGGAAACAUCUCGGGCGCGCGGGGAAGCAAGAAGGAGCGAAAUUUCAAGUUCCACAAAGGCGGUAACCGUUUCUUUUUUGGCGGGAUCAUCAUGACCUCGCACGCCAAUCCCAUGCCAUUCCUCGCGAGCUUCGCAUUAACACUCGCGCUGCCAGGCUUGUGGUUAGGUUUCGACGCGUCCUACACGGUGCACAAUAUCAGCAUCGCACCUGUCAUCAUCCUCUGCUACACGACUGCUGUAGCCGUCACCAACAUGCUCGUGACCGCCUGGCGUGAUCCAGGUGUUUUGCCCCGCGACUUAGACCCAGAUCCUCCGUGUACACUUGGCGAAACCCUCGGGGCAAUGGAUCCAGAAGACCCACUGGCCAUUCCGUUACCCCGCACCAUUCAAGUGCGCGGUGCUAGAGAUCUGAAAGUCAAGUGGUGCGAAACUUGCGGAACGUACAGAGCGCCGCGAAGUAGUCAUUGCCGAAUGUGCGACAAUUGCGUUGAAAACAUCGAUCACCACUGCACUUUCCUUAACACCUGCAUCGGCCGCCGAAACUACAGCUCGUUCUUCUCUUUUCUGAUCUUCACGCUCCUUUCACUCUGCAUCAUGAUUGCCUUCUCUAUCCUGCAUCUAUAUUUUCUCACCCGUCCCACCACACAGCGGCUUCCGAAAGCAGGCGCGUAUGGCGGGGGGCUCGAUUUUCGACAAGCGCUCGGUCGCUCGCCCGUCAGCGCCGUCGUUGUCAUCCUCUCCUUGGCCGCCAUGUGUCCGAUCGGCAUGCUAUUUGGCUACCACGCCUGGCUCGUCGUGCACAAUCGCACGACCGUCGAGCAGAUCCGCUUCAACGCCGCACGCGAGUACGGCGAGCAGCCGGUGGAUACGGGCGGCGAAGAAGAGAAGCGCUGCCUCUUCUUGCCAGGCAAGGCGGGCCAAUUGAGCAGGUCGGAUCCAAACCCGUUUUCAUAUGGCGGGUUUGUCAGGAACGCCAUUGCUGUGCUUGGCAGGCCGAUAAGCGACAGUUGGAUCGCAAGGUAUGAACACAGGGUAGUGGAUGAACGACUGGACAACCCUGCCUGGUCGAUGCAACGACAUGUUUCGGCUGCCAAUGGCGAUAGCCCCCAUGUCGCUGGCGAUGGCACUGGUUUCCAAACGAACGACUUCAGCAAGAGGCCGCUGAAUGGAAAUUUCGGCUCGGAGGCGAUAGAGAUGCAGGAGCGCUCUUGAGAAGCCCGAGGAGGCCUCCUGCUUACAUCACGGGGAUCGCAUUCCACACAUUCAAUUGUAUACUACAACAAAUCUUAUCAUCGCAAUGACAAUGCCCUUAUCGUC